UGGCAACAGCCAACGCGUCAUUAGAAACGCUUUAUUGAAUUGUAUCUGGAUAUCAAUAAGGAUUAAAUCGGUAAAGUAUGAAUUACAGCAGGAAAACGUUGAUUUCAGACUGGCACAAAAACAGGGAGUCAGAACCAAAAGACUGUGAAUGUCGUGAUGGACAAAGACAAUUACACAAGUCAACAUACAAACAUUUUGGCACACAUACGGAUGCAGACUGGAGAACAACAACCCAAAUUGCUCAGUCAGAGAAAGAGCACAAGGCAAAGAACCCCACAAAAUCAAUGGUGCAGGCUGACUAUUUCCACUCCUUGGUGUUUGACAGAGCAACAGGGACAUCAGACACAGAUCACAAAUCUGUCCUAUCCUGCUCUCAAUCAACCUGUAAUGACUAUGAGUUGCUUACUACAUAUUCAUUGGAUUAUACAUAUCCACCUCGUGUUACCUCCAAGCAGGCAAUUCAAGCCAAUGACUCAAUGGACAGGAAGCUGGAUUUCAGAAGACGGCAGUCUCAGUUCACUGACGUGGCAGAUCAUCGGCGGUUGGGACGGAACACCUGGCAGGACUUUAAUGAUGUGCAGGCUGUAGUCCAUGGAGUGGCAAAAUCCCUGUAUAGACAAAUAAAUCUUUCAUGCCCAUAG